AUGGCGAGCGGCGACGCCGCGCCCGCGGGCUCGGGCUCCGGCUCGGGCUCGGGCACGGUGCUGCCCAGCCGCCUCCAGGAGACCGAGAAGCUGCUGGCCGCCACCGAGGGCCGGGAGGGCCUCCGGGGCUCCAAAUCCUUCACGGCCGCGUUGGCCGGCGAGGCGGAGCGCAACGGGCACGGGCUCUCCUACAAGUCGGUGUCGGUCGGGCACCUGGAGGCGGCUCCGCUGUCGCCGUCCCGGCUCAGCCUGGGCAGAGCCUCCUCCACCGCCACCAGCACGGCGGCUGCCGACCAGGGCCGCCCGCGGGACUACCUGGUGCUCGCCAUCUUCUCCUGCUUCUGCCCCGUUUGGCCCAUCAACGUGGUGGCCCUCGUCUUCUCCAUCAUGUCGCGGAACAGCGGGCAGCAGGGGGAUGUGGAUGGAGCCCGGCGCCUGGGCCGCAUGGCCCGCCUGCUCAGCAUCGUCUCCAUCGUGCUGGGGACCAUCAUCAUCGUGCUCUACGUCUCGCUCAGCGUUCGAGUUUCCUAG